AUGGGGAAACCGGAAAAUCAACCACCGCCGCCCAGAGACUCUCGCGGUUCACUCGAAGUCUUCAACCCGUCCACAUUCUCAACCCGACCCACUAACCCGACCUUCCGCCCCACCUCCACUUGGCAAACCCUGACUGGUCCACGUGACAGCGCUGCCGGACCCGAACCACCCUCCGAACCAGUUCAGGCCCCGGAGAUAACCUCAUGGAUGGCCCUCAAGGACCCGGCCCCAAACCCGCCGCCCACCACAACGCCCGCCCGCACUGGCGCCGGCGGCAGCGGAGUCGGCGCGGCAGCCAAAAGGGCGGCAGAAUGGGGGCUAGUCCUGAAAACCGACGACGAGACGGGCAAACCCCAAGGAGUCUCGGUUCGGAGCUCGGGCGGGGACGACCCGGCCGGCAGCAAAGCUUCGAGGAGGAACUCCGGCAAUUCCGCGCGGAGCUCCGGCGAAUACUCCGACGACGGGGGUAAGGAGAACAGAGGAGGAAUCCCCAGGGUGUCGGAAGACAUAAAAGCUGCUCUGUCCUCGUUCCAGCAAACGUUUGUGGUCUCGGAUGCUACCAAACCCGAUUACCCGAUCCUGUACGCCAGCGAAGGGUUCUUCAAGAUGACCGGUUACACUUCCAAAGAAGUGGUUGGCAGGAACUGCCGGUUUCUACAAGGAUCGGGUACUGACCCGGAAGAUGUAGCCAAAAUCAGGGAGUCGCUGCAGAAUGGGGGAAGUUACUGCGGGAGGCUGCUGAAUUACAAGAAAGAUGGGACGCCAUUUUGGAACCUUCUCACUGUUACUCCCAUCAAAGACGACGAUGGCAAAGUUCUCAAAUUCAUUGGAAUGCAGGUGGAAGUCAGCAAGUUCACUGAGGGGUCCAAGGAAAAGAUGCUGCGUCCCAAUGGAUUGCCUGAAUCUUUGAUUCGAUAUGAUGCACGUCAAAAGGAGCUUGCUGUAAGUUCAGUAACUGAAAUUGUUGAAGCUGUCAAGAGACCCCGUGCACGUAGUGAAUCAAAGAACCGCCCUCUAUUCAGAAAAUCAGAGAGUAGUGGUGGAGGUGAUGAAGAGGAGAAAAAAAGGGUUGCAGCCACAGGAAGGCGGAAUUCAGAGAGUGUGGCUUCUGAAAGACGCAACUCUCAUGGAGAUAGGCGAAACUCGAUGCAGAGUAUCAGUGAGUUACCAGAGAAGAAACAAAAGAAAUCCUCCCGUCGUUCUUUCAUGGGUUUCAGGAGAAAAAGUAUGCAAUCCACUGCUGAUAGCUUUGAUGAGAAAUAUGCUGAUGAUCUUGAUGAAGAGCUCAGUGAUUAUGAUGAUGAUGAUGCUAGGCCUGAUAGCUUAGAUGACAAAGUAAGGAAGAAGGAAAUGAGAAAGGGUAUCGAUCUUGCUACCACCCUUGAGCGUAUAGAGAAGAACUUCGUGAUUACAGAUCCAAGGCUACCAGACAAUCCCAUCAUCUUUGCCUCUGAUAGCUUCUUAGAGUUGACAGAAUACAGCCGUGAAGAAAUUUUGGGAAGAAAUUGUCGGUUUUUGCAAGGACCCGAGACUGAUCCAGCGACUGUGAUGAAAAUAAGGGAUGCGAUUCAUAAUCAGACAGAAGUUACAGUGCAGUUGAUCAACUACACGAAAACUGGCAAGAAGUUCUGGAAUCUUUUCCAUCUGCAGCCUAUGCGUGAUCUAAAGGGAGAAGUGCAAUACUUCAUUGGGGUUCAAUUAGAUGGCAGUGAGCAUGUUGAGCCACAGAAUAACUCUAUUGCCAAGGAUGUUGCGAAAGAAGGCGAAAAAUUGGUGAAAGAAACAGCAGAAAAUGUUGGUGUGGCAGCCAGGGAACUUCCAGAUGCUAAUUUGACACCAGAAGAUUUAUGGGCUAAUCAUUCAAAGCUUGUGCUUCCAAAACCACAUAGGAAGAAUACUCCUAACUGGGAAGCCAUUCAGAAGAUUCAAGAUAGCGGAGAACAGAUAGGCCUAAAGCAUUUUAGGCCAGUGAAGCCCCUGGGAUCUGGUGACACUGGGAGUGUCCACUUGGUAGAACUUUGUGGAACUGGCUUGUUCUUUGCCAUGAAAGCUAUGGACAAAAAUGUUAUGCUCAACAGGAAUAAGGUGCAUAGAGCUUGUGCAGAAAGAGAAAUACUUGACAUGUUGGACCACCCUUUUCUUCCUGCUUUGUAUGCUUCCUUUCAGACAAAAACACAUAUUUGUCUGAUAACGGAUUACUGCCCGGGUGGAGAGCUCUUUGUUCUUUUGGACAGACAGCCAUUGAAGGUGCUGAAGGAAGAUGCUGUAAGGUUCUAUGCUGCAGAGGUAAUUGUUGCAUUGGAAUAUCUCCAUUGCCAAGGAGUCAUUUACAGGGACUUAAAGCCUGAGAACGUUUUACUCCAAGGAAAUGGCCAUAUUGCCUUGACUGACUUUGACCUAUCAUGUUUGACAUCAUGCAAGCCACAACUGCUUCUUCCAAGUAGCAACGAAAAGAGAAAGAGAAGCAGGCACAACCAAGAUCCAAUAUUCAUGGCUGAACCAAUGCGGGCAUCCAAUUCCUUUGUUGGAACCGAAGAGUACAUAGCUCCGGAAAUUAUUAGUGCAGCAGGCCAUACCAGCGCAGUAGAUUGGUGGGCUCUUGGAAUUCUGCUGUAUGAAAUGUUCUAUGGAUACACCCCUUUCAGGGGUAAGACGAGGCAAAAGACAUUUGCCAAUAUCCUUCACAAGGACCUCAAGUUCCCAGCAAGUAUUCCGGUUAGUCUCCAUGCUAAGCAACUGAUGUACCGAUUGUUGCAUAGAGAUGCUAAGCACAGAUUAGGAUCUCGCGAAGGAGCUAGUGAAAUCAAGAGGCAUCCAUUCUUCAAGGGCAUGAACUGGGCACUUGUCCGCUGCAUGGACUCACCUAAGCUUGAGGCUCCACUAUUCGGGAGCGAAGCAGAGAAAGAUGCUGCAAUCAUUGACCCUGAACUACAAGACCUCCAAGCAAAUGUUUUCUGA